AUGGCAGAAGAUCAACAACCCGCCAUUCACGAGCAAAAUACUCCGCCAAUACCGACACAUUCUCAAACACAACUAACACAAGUUAUAUCACCUCCAAUACUCGCGGACAUAUCUACAGCGCAUUCAGGCAUCCCUAUCGGACAUCCUCCACCAACAGCACAAACGGCGUCCAAUCUUGUAGAGUCCGCACGUUUCACCACGCUAGAAAGGACGGUGAACCAGUUGGCAAUCAACAUGGCCACCAACAUGACAGAGCUCAUGGCUAUGCUCAGGGAUCAGAAUCGGGCUUCAUCGAGCUUCACUCCGCCUCUGGAGCGCAGGCCAAUUGUCGAUCCAAAUCCAACAGCCCCUCUAACCUUUGCUUCGGAGGUUGAAGAUGCAUCUUUCUCUGCAAUGGCGUAUGCACCGACGGUUCAUCCGAUCAGUGAUCCUCUACCGCCACCACCUGCUCCAACAGCAAUUCCACUACCACCAGCGGCUUUCUUAUCCGCGGAUUCGACUAUGCAUACACUGCCACCGCUAACCGUGUCAAUGCGUCCUCCAAUCUAUACUGUGCCACCACCGACAGUUCCUCCGGUCACGAUUGCACAGGCUCCUAUUCCCAUUGCAGACCAAUUUCCUUUCCAAACUCCACAACCCCAAAUAAGCCUUUCUUACCCUGCUCCACCACCUCUGACAAACAUUCCUCUCCUCCCAUUGCAACCGGUGACAGUGACUGGCUCUCAGACUUUCCAAGACAGUCUUACAGGAUCGGCGCUAGACUGGUUUAUGACCUUGAAAGCCGACGACGUCCCUACAUGGACAGAUCUCUCCCAUAAGUUCCUCGACCAGUACAGGUUCUGUGCAGAGACACCCCCUACUCUCCUAGACCUUAGCAUGAUGGAGAUGAAAGAGGACCAGACAUUCGAGGCGUAUGCAGCGGAGUGGCGGGGAAAAGCAGCGAAGCACGUCCCCGCGAUUACCGAGAAACAGCAAGUCCAGUUGUUUCACUCGACCCUCAGAGGUGCAUACUAUUCACACCUUUUAUCUCACACUUCAUCGUUCUCAGAGCUAAUCGAAGCCGGGAAAAAGCUCGACAUGGGCAUCAAGUUAGGUAGAAUCGAGGGUCCAACGAGGAAGAAGGAGGGAAAAACUUCGGAAACCACUGCUGGGGCAUCUUCUACAGGUGGUAAGAAGGGCAAAGAAACGUCCGUCAACGCCGUCAACUUGGGGCAUCAGAGCUCCCAAACGUAUUCAGUGAGCUUUACACCUACGCCACUCCCGCAACAGCAUAUCCCUGUUCAAGCCCAGCCAAACAAAAUCCCGGCUUUGAGACCUCAGCCGGCACAACAGCUCCCGGCCCCUCAGACUCAACAAGGCAACAGGGCACGAUCCAAGCCGUGGCCACAGUAUCCGCCUCUGCCGGUUCCCCAGUCACAAAUCUAUCGUCAACUUCUUGCAGCUGAGAAGAUUUUUCCUGAGGCCCCUCACCCUCAAUUCAACGCUGCCAAUCAGAAUCAGACUCUCCGUUGUGAAUACCACAUGGAUGCUCCGGGGCAUACAACGGACAACUGUUACGCACUCCGGGGCAAAUUACAGGAGAUGAUUGACAAGAACAACCUCUCCUUGAACAAGAUUAGGCCACCGAACGUCCAGGCCAACCCUCUCCCCGACCAUGGCUCCAGCUCAGGCCCAACUGUCAACAUGAUCGGUGCCUACUUCCUUGGAGAGGACUAG